AUGGAAGCCUCAUGUUUAAGAGUUUCCUUGCUGCUGCUGCUUCCAGGAUUUGUCCUCAGUGACAGCUCUGACAGAUACGCUGCCAACCGGAGUGACUUGGGAACCCACCUGUCCACUUUCUCAGGGAUGGAAUCCAGCAUACUCCUCACCACCAGGCAGCCCUUGGUGUCCAACCAAACUGUCAGGUGCUCCCAGCAGACUAAGAUUGCAGAAACCUUUAAAUACAUUAACACAGUGGUGUCUUGUGCUAUUUUCAUCGUUGGGAUGGUUGGGAAUGCAACUCUGCUGAGGAUCAUUUACCAGAACAAGUGUAUGAGGAACGGCCCCAACGCGCUGAUAGCCAGCCUGGCACUAGGAGACCUCAUCUACAUUGUCAUUGAUAUCCCUAUCAUGGUCUACAAGCUCCUUGCUCAGAAGUGGCCUUUUGGAAAUUCAGAAUUUGGACAGUUUCUUUGCAAAUUCCUUCCCUUUAUACAGAAGGCAUCAGUGGGGAUCACAGUCCUUAAUCUCUGUGCCCUUAGUGUGGACAGGUACAGAGCAGUUGCCUCCUGGAGCCGUGUGCAGGGAAUUGGCAUCCCAAAGAUCACUGCUAUUGAAAUUUUCUCCAUUUGGCUUCUGUCCUUCAUCCUGGCUAUCCCAGAAGCAAUUGGCUUUGCUGUGGUACGGUUCAGGUACAAAGAUGAAGAUUAUGUCACCUGCAUGCUCAACCCUACAAACAAUUUUAUGUUGUUUUACAAGGAUGCAAAGGACUGGUGGCUGUUUGGUUUCUAUUUCUGCAUGCCACUGGCCUGCACUGCCAUCUUUUACACGCUAAUGACCUGCGAAAUGCUAAACCGGAGAAACAGCAACUUGAGAAUUGCUCUCAGUGAACACCUUAAGCAGCGUCGAGAAGUUGCCAAGACAGUUUUCUGCCUAGUAGUGAUUUUUGCUCUUUGCUGGUUCCCUCUCCACUUGAGCCGAAUUCUGAAGAAAAUGGUUUAUAACGAAAGAGACCCCGGCAGAUGUGAACUGCUCAGUUUCCUGCUGCCAUUGGAUUAUAUCAGCAUCAACCUGGCCACCAUGAACUCUUGUAUAAAUCCAAUAGCUCUGUAUUUUGUGAGCAAGAAGUUUAAGAAUUGUUUCCAGUCAUGCCUUUGCUGCUGCUGCUCCCAGUCUAAGAGUCUAGUGACUUCAGUGCCCAUGAAUGGAACAAGCAUUCAGUGGAAAAACCAAGAGCUAAACAAUCACAACACAGAUCGAAGCAGCCAUAAAGACAGCAUAAACUGA